CAGGGCCGGUGCCGUCGGCGCCUCGGGACGUGGCGGUGACGUCGGUGAGCAGUCGAUUGAUCCGCUUGGCCUGGAGGCCCCCGACGGAAUUUCCCGGGAAUGAGGGCGGCUACGUCAUCUACUACGCCCGGGAGGGGGAGGAAAGCUUGGAAAACCUCCGGAAAUUCACCGAAUAUUCCUUAAAAUUCCGAGCCUUCAAUCGACAGGGAUUGGGAAUUCCAUCAGAAGAGCUGAAAAUCACCACCCUCUCCGACGUUCCCAGCGCUCCUCCCCGGAAUCUUUCCUUGGAAGUGGUGAAUUCCCGGAGCAUCAAAGUGAGUUGGUUGCCCCCUCCUGGUGAUUCCCAGAACGGAUUCCUGACGGGUUAUCGGAUCAGGCACCGGAAAACGGGGCGGAAAGGGGAGAUGGAAACGUUGGAACCCACCAACCUCUGGUACCUCGUGACGG